AUGAAAAUAUCUAAUAAAUCUUUCAACAGGAGAAGGGAUGCAGAAGCAAUUGGUUUGGCUGUAAAGGCUUUGAAGAAGGAAGCCAGGACCUGGUUCAAAAAGAAAGGGAGUGACUCAGAUGCUGGAGCUGAUGACGUUUCUGCAAAAGCUUCGGCUUGGUAUUAUGUAACUUAUCAUCCUAGUUAUUGGGGUCGCUACAAUGAGGGAAUGGAUCGGGUUCAUUUCCUUAGUUUUGCAUGGAUUGUUUAUGACAAGUUGAUCCAGACCAAGAAGGAUAAAUCAAGUCUCAGAAGGGCUCUCCAUAUGUCUUCGCUUGAACGGCAGUUCAAUUAUGGAUUGAGUCUGAGCUGA